AUGGCCGUGUCACAGCUCCUGGCUGGAUGCGGCGUGAGAACAAUCAGCCCACCACCGUGCCAUUUCAAUCCCGACGGUAAUGACGGCGUCGCCGCAGUGAGAGAACUCGGUCCUUUGCGAGGCAGACGGCUCACCUCAGAGAUCAGCUUUGAUGCAUCGCACGGGGAAAACCGUUUUUCUGACUCUGUUUUGAAGGUUUCGGACGUGAGUCUCCGAACAACAUCGGAAAAACUCCCCCUGAUGCAGUUGAAAACGACGUGUUGUAGAAAACCUUCUUGUACUUCGAAGCUUUUUGUCUUUGAAUGA